CCCCUAAGCAAAAAAAAAAGUUGGAUUAAUUGCGAUAAAAUCUCCAUUGCGGUACAAGACCCCCCCACACUGGGAAUCCCCUAAAUCACUGGCCUUGUCUCCUCUCUACCUCCUUUCUUUCUUUUCCUGUCUCUUCAUCCAUCACAGAAGCAAGCAUCGCCGUCCGUUUGCUCUGAAAAACCGGCACUAUGGACGUCUUCAACGCGACCUUCAGCAUCGCCAACCAGACACAGAACUACUGGUCUGUUCUUGAGGAAGUUGGCAAGCAACAUGUUCACCUCAACUACGCCGAGCGCCUUUGGGCCGCUUGGUACCUCUUUAUGCAGAACGAUACCCUCGCUACCGGCAUCAUGAGCUUUGUCAUGCACGAACUUGUCUACUUCGGCCGCUGCAUCCCCUUCAUGAUCAUGGACAAGAUCCCCUACUUCCAGCAGUACAAGAUUCAGCACCAGAAGAUUCCUACUCUCAAGGAGCAGUGGGACUGCGCCGCCAUCGUCCUCAUCAGCCAUUUCACCGCUGAGCUGCCCCAGAUCUGGUUCUUCCACCCUAUCGCCACCUACUUCGGCAUGGAUUACGGUGUUCCCUUCCCUUCGCUGCUCAAGAUGGCUAUUCAGAUCUCCAUUCUCUUCGUCAUGGAGGAUACCUGGCACUACUGGUUCCACCGCUGCCUUCACUACGGUCCUCUCUACAAGGCCAUCCACAAGAUGCACCACACCUACUCUGCUCCCUUUGGUCUUGCCGCCGAGUACGCUUCCCCAAUUGAGACCAUGCUUCUUGGUAUUGGUGUUGUUGGCUCGCCUAUUUUCCUGCUCAAGGUCACUGGUGAUCUCCACCUCAUCACCAUGUACGUUUGGAUCAUCCUCCGUCUCUUCCAGGCCAUCGACGCACACAGCGGUUUUGACUUCCCCUGGAGCUUGCGCCACUUCCUCCCCGUCUGGGCUGGUGCCGACCACCACGACAUGCACCACGAGAAGUUCAUUGGCAACUACUCAUCGAGCUUCCGCUGGUGGGACUACUUCUUGGACACUGAGGCCGGCCCUGAGGCUCACAAGCGCCGCCGUGACAAGAAGCUUGCCGCGAUCCGUGCAGCCAAGAAGGAGCAGUAAAUGCCUGCUUACUCGAACAGUGCAGACCGCACCGAACGCAAUCGAUCCAUAACUCGUAUGGAGUAAUAUCAUAUCAAUGGGUGUUUUGGGUGCAUCGGCGGCUGUUUGCCAACAGAAACAACAAAAACGGACCGUGGAAGCGGUCGAUGGCAUUGCAUGCACACCUGGCGUUUUGGGAUUCGACCAAUGAGUAGAAAGACGUUGCUUCCGUUUCUCGCUCUUUUGACUACUUUUUGUAUAUAAUACACGCGCAUGAUCUUUCAGAUAGACACGCUCUUAGAAAAUCACUUUAAUACUACUCACAGUCGGUUGUUUCAGUCCACUUCCCUCGCUUACUUCUUUGGUGUACAGCAAUCCGUCCCCGCCGAUGUAACUACCUGGUCCGCCAACCCUGUUAAUGAGCAACUCUGUGAGCCAGAUUCAGGUUCUAGUUCGCCAAAGUCCUUGGCAAUAGCAUCACAGAGCGAUGCCAGGGUGAUGUCCUUUUCAGACAGGCCCUUUGGGCUGUGUGUUGUCCAUCGGAUAAACGUAGUGUUGUAAAC